CUAUCCGGCAUAAGGGCGAGCACGCGAUGCGCAGUACACGAUCGCGUCGCGUCUUAUCCGAAUCGCUCGACUAGAGAAAGGUUCGUAUACACUCGGCGAUUUCCGGCGGCGAGGCGUGGGGGAUUCGGGAGAACCCGGCAAUCCGGCGGUCGAGCCAGUUCAAACGCGUCGCAAGUGUCGCGCGUUUCGUCUUCCACUUUUGUUGCGCGACUUAAUUGAACGACUCCUUUUUAUCUUCCGGUUUAUUUUCCCUACGGUUCACGUCGCGACGUUUCAUCGUGCGUGCAACUACGUGACAAGCAAGUGCGCGAGAUCGGGCCGAUUGAAGGCCGAACGAGAACGAAGGUGCACACAGUCGUUGACGGAGUAGAAUAUGACGGAUGUACAAGUGAAUCCGAGCAAGGACGACGCCGGUAGCGUAGUUCGACAGAAUGGCGACGUCAUGCAGCGAACAGGUAAAAUCAAACCAGCAAUUGCCAUCAGACUUUCGGACGAGACCGCAAGGUCCAGCUGGAUUACCAAGACACCCUAUAAAUAAUGGUCCUAUAGGACAACCAAGACCAGGACAGCCGCAACAAAUUCAAUCGUCUGGACCGGGUCAAUUUGGACCGCCUAGACCGUACGGUCCUCAAAAUCCAUCGGGAGGAUCAUUUUCUCAAAGGCCACCGCAACCAGGUCUAAGUCAAUCGCAAUAUUCUCAAAGAGGUCCAAAUCCAGGGCAACUGGGUUACAAUCAGCGACAACAAAAUCAAAAUCCACCAGCACCGCAAAGAAAUCAGAAUUUGUCACAAGGUCAAUAUCAGUUACAGCAAGGGCAGAAUCUAGUUCAAGUAGGACAAUACCCCUUGCAACAAAGUCAGAAUCUAUCACAAGGUCAACAUCCUUUACAACAAAGUCAAAGUCGACCACAACAGGGUCAGCAUCCAUCACCCCAAAGUCAAGGUCCUCCACAAUAUCUUUCGCAACAAGGUCAGAAUCGACCACCACUAGCCCAAUAUCCUCCCCAACAAAAUCAAAAUCGACCACCACAAGGCCAACAUCCUCCACAACAAAGUCAAAAUCCCCCCCAAAACCAAUAUCCUUCACAAAGAAGUCAAAAUCCAGGACAGCUAAACCAGUAUCCACAAAGUCAAAAUUUGUCAGCACCGCGAGGUCAACAUCCUCCACAAGGUCAAAAUCCCCCUCAACAGGGUCAGAAUCCCCACAUUAUUUUAAAUCCACGAUUCGUUACAUCUCCGUUACAACGUCCAGGGCCGCAACAAGGUCCCAGACCUCCUGGAAAUAAUCAACAGUUCCAAAGAAACGUCCAACAACCUCGGCAACCAAGACAGGAUCAACAAAACAUCCCUCAGCAAGUUCCGUCCCGAUCCCAAGGGAACGUCCCUAAACAAUUGCAACGAAAUGAAUCAUCGUUGAACGUCGUCCAGCAAGGUCCAUCCAAUAAGGAAUCCACAAUUCCUCGAAUAGUAAUCGACAAAAUGGCCGAUGUUGAUAACGCGAAGAAGUUUCAGCAGUUUGAAAAUUUAGUCUCGAGAACCGAGCAACGCGAAACCAUGGAAGACGACGACGACGAUGUGGUCAUGGACGGGAAGAAGUCGCCUCGAACCAACGGCGAACAGGAAUGUAAACUCCCGAAGAAGGAGGAUGUCCAGUCGAUGAAGAGGCCGGAAACUGCUACCAUUAAUGGAAAAAUGGACGAUAAGACUGAAAGAGGUAACGAAAAGAAUGGUGAUAUUACCGUGCCCUCCAAAAGUGAAAACACGGAGGAAUCUAUUAAAGAUUCUAAUAUAAUAGGAACUGAUAUCAGAUUAUCACCAAAACCCGAUGAGAAAGAUCAACGCAAAGGAUCUGCAAACAAGAAUGAAGUUGAGAAAGUUGAUGAUAAGCCUGAAGAAACAACGAAGAAAUUAGUGGAAGACAAAGUGAUCGAUAAAGAUUUAAAUAAAGAGCCCUUGUUUGGUGAACCUGUAAAUCAGGGUCAAAAUGAGCAGAAAUUAAGUGUAUCAUCACCGACUCCGGAUAAAUCGCAAGGAAGUACACCGGAUGUGAUCCAGCCUCAAAAUCAACAGGAACCUAAGACACCGGAUAAAUCAAAGGCGAGUACACCUGCAGAGACGAAUGAAAAUCAGAAUCAAUUGAAGACACCUUCUAAGUCUGCGGAUAAAUCAAGAGCGAGUACGCCAGGGGAUACGAAUCAGAAUCAGGAUCAACAGGAACUGAAGACACCUAAGUCUGCGGAUAAAUCAAGAGCGAGUACACCAGGAGAUACGAACGAGAUGGAAAUUGAACAGCAAUCAAAGACACCGUCCAAAUCCGAGGAUAAAUCGCGUACGAUAGAAAGUAGUCAGAUUAAAAAUGAAGAGGAAUUAAAAGCACAGUCCAAGUCUCCUGCCAGUAUUCCAGUGGAAGUGGAUCAAGUUAAAGAGGAUUCGAAGAUAUCAGAUAAAUCUCAGGAAGAAAUGCAGGAAACUCGAAAAGAAGAGGAAUCGAAGGUUCAAACUGAAGAGAAAAAUGAAAAAUCGUUGGAAAAGAAGGAGACUAAAGGUGAAUCAGAAAGUAAACCGGAAGUGGCUCCAGCAGAGAUGAAGAAGGAUAGUCAAAACGAGGAAGAAACGAAGACAGCGUCCAAAGAAUCGGAUAAACCGACUGAAAGUUUGAAAACUGAAGUUAAAAAUACUCAGAAUGAGCAGGAAUUAGAGAAACCUGAAGAGAAGAAGUCAUCAGAUACAAAGGAAUUGAAAGAGGAUUCGAAACCUAGUUCUGCUGCUAGUAACAAGUCUGUAACUGAAGACUCAAAUGCACAAAAUGCAUCAGAACCUGAAGAAACAAAUCAAAAGACGUCUGUUUUAUUGGAUUCUGAAAAUGUGCCAGAAUCAGUGUUGUCUCCGCCUAAAACUCCUGAAGGAAGUGUGAAAGGAUUCGAUCACGGUCAACCAAGAUCGUUGUCGGUCAAAUCGUCGCCAUCUUGUACACCUCAGUCACCUGUAUCGCCUAAAUCACCGAAAUCAAUUAAAGAGGAUGAUAAAUUGGACGACGACGAGAAGAAGCAGGAUACUGACGUUAAUGAGAAGAAGGAUUCUAAGAGGACGAGUGAAUUGAAAAAUUUGAAAUCACUGGCGCCUAAGAUUCAAGGCGUCGCGACGCUUACUAAAUUGGGCGAAAAGUCAGAGAAGAAGUCUUCGAGAACAGCAGAAAUUGAAAAUGGUAGUGUAUCAAACUCGGAGAAAAAAUCAACAGCUGGAUCGCCUGUGAAAUCGCCAAGCAAAUCUGUCAAAUCUUUGCCACGAACUCCGGAAACUCCGUCAUCGACAGGUGGCCAAGAAAAAAAAAAACUGCCUAUGAACAAAGUACAAGUGGGUUCAGCACCGUCUCCAAAUUUGAAAACGGUAAGAUCGAAGAUCGGCUCGCUGGAAAAUGCGAGCUACAAGCCAGGGGGUGGAAAGGUGAAAAUAGAGAACAGGAAGUUGGACUUCAGCAAGGCACAGCCGAAAAUCGCAGCGAAAAAUGAGAAGUACACACCCAGUGGUGGCGAUAAAAAGAUCGCUCAAGUGAAACUUCAAUGGAACGCGAAACCGAAGGUUGGGUCGCUGGAGAACGCGACGUACAAACCUGGGGGUGGUGAUAAGAAAAUAGAGACUGUGAAGCUCGAUUUCAAAGAUAAGGCAAAACCGAAAGUCGGCUCCAAAGACAACGCUAAACACGUCCCCGGAGGUGGCAGCGUUAAAUCAUCGGCAACGCCACCUAAGACGCCGCAGGAAACGAACAACGACAUUCAGACACAGAAAAUUGAUAUCAAAGCUGAGAGUAAAAUUGGUUCCAUGGAUAACGUGAAGCAUAAGCCUGGGGGUGGUGAUAAAAAGAUCUUCAACGACCGAGAUUAUCUUCGACAAACUGGAUCAAACGUAGAAAGUCUCAGUGGCAGUGGAUCACAGAGCCCUGUGCCCCCUGGCACGGUCGCCUCCGGUAAGAAUGGCCUGCCUACUUCGGACGAGAACCUCAACCAGGAAUGCUAGAUCACGAAUGAAAAAAGAAAGAAAAAAAAAAAAAUAACAAACUCGACCGCUAGACCCGAUUUUUUCCUUAUCACUUGCGUCUGAUUAAUCGCCUCGUACAUUUCUUCCCCGAUUAUUGAACCGGAGGGCUUUUGAAUCGAACGUACGAGGGACGAGUUGGACACAGGUUUAAUAAUAAAUUCAACAAUCGUGGCCAGAUCGAUCGGUUAGCUUUAUCCCAUUGUUGCUUCGUAUCAGCAAUAACCAGAAGAUUCCGUAAUAUACGUGCCAUACGAAGGAACUUGAUCGAGGAAACGAGGGGACACCUUUUUUUCUCAUACGUUUACGUCUUUCCGAUCGAUUAUAUCCACGACAAAUGAUUCUUUUUCCGCGCAUUUAUCUGCAGAACACUCGUCACGACGUCGUUUGUUUUCGAAUGUAUCAUGAAAGUUGAUAGAGGAUAGGGUGAAGAACGGAGGGUCGUCGGGACGGUUGUUAACACGUUGAGUGCCGCGAUGGUACAUCUUUAAUUAGGUGAAAAAAAUGGUGUUCUUCGGUUCGACUUCGGUGCAAUAUAGGCUUCUUUUGGUUAGCACUGUCAGCACUGAUGGCAUCAUAAGAUGGCAAGCGCGAGGUACGGGUGUCGUCAUAAGAUGGCACGCUCAAUACGGCGAAGUCAUGAUUAAAGUAUUGAUCAGUUUAGGGUCCUGAGUUUUUAGGGUUUUGAAUGCUUUAAUUUACGAUUUUGUUAUAUUACAGCUGCGAAGAAUUUGUCGUUAGGUCCUGAGAAAUAUUUUUUCCAUCAUUUGCCUUAUAAUUUUGGGGAUCUUGGGGAAAUUUUAGGGAGAUCCUAGAUGAAACCAGGGAGAGCCUAAUUUAAAUCCUCCUAAAAAACAUAUAUGAUAGAAUAUUUUUUCCCUUAAAGAAGGGAAAUCCAAGUUGCACGCGUUCAAUCUGAAUUUUGACUAAUCAAAUAUUAAAGUCUAAUUUUUCACCAUCCAUCCAUUUGAAAACAUUCAAUUUCGUGCGGCAUUCAACGUGUUCCGCAAAAUAAUUUUGUUGGCACGAAAGGGGACAGUUCGCGAUACCUUUUCAGAUCGAAAAAAUAGCCGUCGAAGAAUUUUCGUACAAUUCCAAACGAACACUAAUCAUCUUCAUUAUACAUAGCGCAAACUCGCUCACGGUUAGCGUGAAAUUUUUAUAAGAAUGACAUUUUGUCGCGAACUCAAACGUUAGAAUGUAAGAAGAAAGGAAAAGAAGACUUCCUUUGCUAAAAUGUUAUGCAAAACGCUAAGCAAUUGUUUGCUAUAUACUGUAGAAUCGCAAUAAGAUGCAUUUAAGACUGGAGAUACUUCCGGUGUGAUUUUUCUGGUCUGAAAGGUAGACGCGAUAACGUGAUACGCUUAAGUCAAAAACAAGCGAAUUCUCAUUUUUCGUGAUCGUUUUUUAGAAUACGAUCCCAACAGGACAAAUAGAAAUAAUACGUACGAAUAACAUAAUAGAGGACUCAUUGUUCAGAUCGAUUAGCAUUGCGAUUUAUCGUGGCCGAGAGUAGGUGUAUUUUUGUUAAACCUACGAGAUGUAACGUGAUUUUUAGGCUGUCUUGAAAAUGGCUGAUUAUUAUACUAACAGAAAGCUUUGAAUGUGUUGUAGCAGUAAAAAUAAAAGAUAUAAAAUAAAAAAGUAACAUUUUGGAUUAUUAAUAUUAACACGUUGAUUGUCAUAUUUGAAUGACAUUUGAUUUUUCAUCAUUCUUAAUAUUAAGAAUUAUUUUAUUUAUUUAAUUAGAAAUAUUAAAAUAUUGUGGUGAUGCAGGAUGGCUGUUAACGUGUUAAUUACAAAUACUGCAAACAACGCUUAUAAAAUUCAGCGGUUAGUUAUCAACAUAUUUCUUUGAUAUUCAAUGAAAAAUAAGAAGCUAUUAGAAUUAUUGUAAUUAUAUAUACAUUGUAAUAGAAGUUCAUAAACAUUUAGAGGUUUAUCUGAACUCGCCUACUCCCGAAUUAAAAAUCACCCAUUUCAUAUUUAGAAUAGUGAGAUGAAAAUUAGACAAACAUGCUAACGCGUAUGAUUUUCAAUCUUACUAUUCUAAACUCACUUUGAUGUUUAUUAUAAUGACAAACAUAUGAAGGAUGUUGCAUAAACACAUUGAGCAAUUGAAAAUAACGACAGUUACAUUUUAUCGUUAAAUGAUAAAUGAAGAAAGAACUGAAAAUUUGAGAAUAAAAUAAUUUGUUCAUUAAAAUUUUUGUUGAAAAUGUAUGUAGAGCAUACAUUUAUAUUACGUUGGUUAAAAUACACGUUGAUUAAAAACUAUUAUCGAUGGAAGAGAUACGAGGAUAUUAAAAUGACAUUCCAGUCUGUCGUUAAUUAAGUGAUGGAUGUUACUUAUUUUUAAAUUGCAAAUAAAUUGGAAAACUAAAUUAACAUACGUAAUUAUCAUAUGAAACUCGUAACGUAACUUAUCUCAUGAAAUGAAUUUUCUUCUACAUAGAUCAGUAGAAAAAUUCAAUUUGACGAUGAAGAAGAACCGGAAGUUGUAAUAGAGAAUUAUGACGCGUGAUCAUAUUCAAGUGAUCAUCUUUUUUCGAGUGAAAAUUCACGCGAUACAUUUGAUAUUGUAUUUAGACCCGAUGUAGACACUAUUUCAAUGAACAUGGUACCCCAUAUUUCGAGAUACUUUGGAAUUUCUUCAACAUCUAAGGCUUAGAUUCUAAGCAAUCAUCAGCCAUAAUAAAUAGUUAUCAAUCCGUGCAAACGUCAGCAAAUGUAGCACGAUCAAUUCAUAAUCGUUACUUGUAGAUACGUAAAACUAUACCUGUUUGUUGCAUACACGAGAAAUAAAUAGUUAGGUCUUAUCGCUGAUACAGUCAGUUGAAAAAUGAGAAUUAAUUAUGGAAGAAUGGUGAAUAAUGGGAUGGAAAUCAGUGACAUCGUGCGAAACUGACUUUCUCACAAUGUCGUGUCACUUUUGAUGAAUUCAUGCAAAUCUACGCUAAGAAAGUAUGUAAUACAUAUUACUUCUAGUUUACUGCUUCCAUACUGGUGGAUUAUAAUUAACCAUCCGACAUUCGGCGACGAUUAAUUAAGUAUGUAAUAUUUGAAAUCGUUGUAAAACUUCGUACGAAUGCAAUUGUAUAACGAAUAUUCGGCAUACCUGUCAGAAUUAACAAAAGAGCUAUUAUAAUAAUAUUUUUGUUUUUAAAUUUA